GAAACCAUCACCACAAGCUGCACUUACCAUAGGCCUGAUAGGGCAUAACUAAUCAAGAUGUCACCACCGGAAAGAUGGGAGGGCUACACAGCUCUUGGAAAUGUUAUUCCUGGAACAAGAUUAAUAACAUUUAAAGUGCCUUUGAAAAAGGAAUUGUGUGAAAAGCUUCCAGAGAAGGAGAAAUUUACCCCAAGAAGUUUGGUUUCCAUGGUAAAUGACUUGGGAUGUCAGUUAAGAAUGGUCAUAGACCUUACAUUCACUACAAAAUACUACGGUGCACAGGAAAUGGAACACCAGGGUGUCAGAUAUGAAAAGAUUUUUACAGAAGGCCAUAAUGUUCCCAGUGAUGACGUAGUAUACAGAUUUUUUGAUACACUAGAGAGCUUUUAUGAGGCAAAUAAAGACAACAAUCAUUUGGUAGGAGUACACUGUACUCAUGGAGUCAACAGGACAGGUUACGUGGUCUGCAGAUAUAUGAUUGAGAGACUGGGUUUUGAACCAGACAAAGCUAUGGCAGUUUACCAUGAAGCAAGAGGCCACCCAGUAGAAAGAGAAAACUACAUAGAAGACUUAAGAAGCAGACAAUUAAACAAUGAUUACAAGUAUGAAGGUAGAGAAAAACUUCCCAUGAAAAAAGUUUCACAGGGUUGGAGACGUGAAAGACACCAUAAUGGCAGACGGAGUAACCAGGAAAAGGACUUUCAUCACAAUAGUCACCAUAGAAAUAAUGAGUAUCAAGAUGUGCAUAGAUAUCAUGAUGACUCACAGAAAAUGUAUGGUGGUCAAACUUGGUCUCAACAGCAUCAGGAAUUGGAUUGGCGAAGAGACAAAAGUCACAUGGGUUGUUACCAUGGAGAUCAACAGAACUGGAAUGACAGGAGAUAUCAGGACAGUAGGAGAGAUUACAGAUAUCAAAACAGAGAGGGUGUACGACAGAAUGAUCAGUACAAUGACUGGAGGAACAAUGGCCAGAGAUAUCACCAUCAUCAAAACAGUGGACAUCAGCAACCUCCUCAAAGUAGAUAUUUCAGGCAGGGCUAUAGAGAUGGUUACAAUGAUGAAAGGUUUGAUUAUCACUCCAGACAGAACAGUCAUCGUGGACACUAUCAGGGUGGUGGAUCAUAUAGAAAUCAGAGAGGUGGACAGUAUAAAUCAAGGAAUGAUAGAUCUUCUUAUCAAUGGAAGGCAGAAAAUCGACCACAAAUCAGAAAAAGACACUGUUCUGGUGAGAUGAUUAGAAGUGAAUCUCAAAGUUGCAAACGUCAGAAUUCUAAAACAGAUGAAAAAUUACACAAGCAAUGUGAAAAAAUGUUGAUAUCAGAUUCAUGUAGCUCAACAUUAGAGAAUAACGAAAUAUCGAAGUCAGCAUGUGCAGAGGAAACCCUAGAUAAAACUUACCCUGAGUCUCCAUCCAGGGGUAGCUCAGCACGAAGUUCAAAGAAAGUGAAACCAAGAGUUAAUAAAACUGAUGAACUGCAGAAAACUGCUGAGACAGGGCUGACAAUAUCAGGUGAUUACCAACAAUGAGAGCAUUAUAAAUCAUAUAAGUGAAAAGUUGAACCACCAAAGUAACACUAAGAUACUGUGAAAGACCAUACAGUGUUCUGUCAAACGGCGGAGAAUGGGCAGAUCGAAGCAAAAAGUGCUCAAAAAGUGGAUGGUAAACCUUUAAUAAUAACUUCUCUGGGUUCAUCAAACAAUGAGGAGUGUUGCUACAUCUUAUGACUGUACUGAACCAAAUUGAAAACUCUACUAGUAUAUGACCUCAAGGAUUGAUAGAUAAAGCAUAGUGUGAUUUUACAUUACAGACACCGUAUUGUUUUACUCUUUGAUAUCAAAAUACAAAAUGCUAACAUUUCAUAUUUACCAAUUAGCUAAGUGCCAUUUGAAUACUCUUGUAAACAAUUCCAGUUUUACUGUGCUGAAAAGGAAGAGAGUCAUGCAUAUAAUCCUUAUAAUGGCUUACCCGGUACAUAUGGAAUGUUUUUUAAAAUUUCUUCUUUUAAAGUAGAUAAGUAAUUUAACACCGGCACUUGACGGUAAAUACUUUUCUUAUAUUAAAAAAAUGUAAACCUCAAUCUGAUAGGUUGGGGGUUAGUCUAUCUUUUUAAGAAACAUGUAAUGUCAAGUGUCUGUGUAAUUUAAAUGUAGUUUUAAACCUGUUUGUCUUAUUUUACACAGAAUAUCGUACAUGUAGUUAAGAAUACAAAUAUGAAGUAACUUUCCAAGUUAUAAAUGCUCAAAAUUUAAA